AUGGCCGACAACGCGGAAGGUAGCGGCGAUCCUCAGAUCACCUUCAAGGUCAAGACUUCAGGCGAUGGGAACCAUACCAUCACCAUGGCAGAGACCGCCACGGUCUUGGACCUCAAGACUAAGCUUGCCGGCACUGACUACGAGAAUAUUCCGGCCGAGAGGCAGCGCCUGAUCUACUCAGGCCGAGUAAUGAAGAACGACGACACUCUGGCAACCUACAAGAUCAAAGCCGGAAACACAAUCCACAUGGUGAAGAGCGCUGCGAGCAAUCCGGCGCCGGCUCCCAGUGCAGCAUCUGCCCCUCCCCCCCAGGCUAUCCCCAGCAACAUGGCCGCAGGCACCUCCGCGAAUAACCUUCUAGCUGGUCUGACUGGCGCACGUUUUGCUGGGCAUGCCAACCUUCCGGGGCGAGAGAUGUUUGGUGCUGACGGUGGUAUGGGUGCCCCGCCAAGCGAAGAGCAAAUGGCCGACAUGCUUUCCAACCCGGCUAUUGCGCAGACCAUGAACGAGGCUCUGAACAAUCCGCAGAUAGUCGACUUCAUGAUCCAGCAAAACCCCAUGCUGAGGAACAUGCCGAAUGCAAGGGAGAUGAUCCAGUCACCAUAUUUCCGCCAGAUGAUUACCAAUCCGGAGGCUCUUCGUAUGGCGGCACAGAUGCGCCGAAUGAUGGGAGGUAAUCAAGGCGCAGGCGAUGCUUUCCCGGCUCCUGGAGCAACCGAUUCGACACCAACCGGCGCGCCAGCCGCAGGAGGUGAAGCCGGUAACAAUGCGCAAAACCCAAUGCAGUUCCCAAAUCUGUUCGCCAAUCCGGGAAUGUUCGGAGCGCCUGGUGGUGCGCCUGGCAGCCCGAACUCAAACCCCUUCAUGGCUCUCUUCAACCCAUUCGGAAUGCCGGCCCAGACAGGAGCGACACCUACAACGUCUCCUCCUCCUGCCGGACAAACACCGUCGACGGAAGGUACAGCACAGCGAGAUGCUGGCGCAGCAGCUCAUACCACUGGCUCUACAAGCCCACCUCCAGCUGGUGGGGCGAAUGCAGCAGCGAACCCUUUUGCCAGCCUGUUCGGACCUCCGCCAACCCAAGGAGGUGCGAAUGCCAACAACAACCCUUUCGGCCUACCUCCUCUGUCCCCUGAGAUGAUGCAACAAUUCAUGCAGAUGAUGGGUGGUGCUGGUGGAGGUGGUGCGGGAGGUUUUGGCGCGGGAGGCUUUGGCUCCCCGACCCCGGCCUCACCUCCAGAUAAUCGUCCUCCAGAGGAGCGUUAUGCUGAUCAGCUUCGUCAACUGAACGAGAUGGGAUUCUAUGACUUUGAUAGGAAUGUGGCAGCAUUGCGACGGAGCGGUGGAAGCGUGCAAGGGGCUAUUGAGCAUCUUCUGAGCGGCUGA